AUGGUCAGAGUGUUGUCUACAGUAUGUUGUAUAACACUCUUUCUGUCUGCUUCUAACUUAGCGUCAGCCUUCCGUGUUAGUCAUGGUCAUUCCCUGACCCGGUGCUACCCGGGUCAAUUGCGUAGCGAGCAUAUAGACGAGAUGAUGUUCGAAUGUGCCAUAUACAACUCUAAUUUGCGUUUUCCACGCAAUGUUGACGCUGAGUUGAAUCCUCAUGCGGCCCGCGACGCUGUUUCGCAGAGCCGAAUGGAAGAGAUGAGUCUCGAGUUAACAAAACGACAGCUUGAAACGCACAAAAAACGAAAAGAGCACAUGCGACUCACGUUACCGAUAUCUGGCGAGGUGAACAGAACAUCUGGUGGUUAUUUACAGGAGUUAUAUUACAUAUUGGAGGAGCAUAACCGGGAGCUUUUGGAGAACGAGUUGUAUCGUAAUGUCUCUGGGAGUGACGAUACUACUGAAAUGGAUAUAGACAAGUUGCGUAAGCUUGUGCUUCCGACACAACUGUAUCGCAUAUUCGAUUCACCGUCAGUAACCAAGUGCUAUCGACUCUUCCCUAAUGCUAUAAAACCACAAUCUCCUUUGGUAAGCGAUUUCGUUGUUUAG